AUUUCAAUUCCAGAACAACAACUUCCCCCAAAUUCUAAGAAUUCAUUUUUUUUAUAGAGAGAGAGAAAGUGUGAAGAGGAGAGAGACAAGCAAGUGAAGAAGAGGAAGAAGAGACAAACCACCACUGUUUGUCUUCUUUUAUGGUGUGUUUGGAGAGAAAAAGGAAGAUGAAGAACCACCUAAUAAAGUACACAUAGAGGGUCACAGAGGGUUAGAAAAGAGGAAAAGACUGUAAUUUCUGACUUGGGUUUCUUCAAUUCAUCUUGGGUUUCUUCUGAUUUUCACUCUAGUUUGGGGGUUAAUUUGAUUGAUGUUGCUUAGAAUUGGUGUUGUAGUGAUGGAAAUUAGUAAGUGUUGUCUAGGUUUGUUAUGCUGAGAGUUGAUACUGAAGAAGGGUUCAAGGAUGAAUUCUUCAAUGGAUGAGAUCAACUUGAUACAACAAGCACAUAGACAUCACUUAGUAGUACGAGAACUUGGUGAAGAGAUUGAUUUAGAGAUUGGUCCCGGAGAUGAUGAUCCUUCGUUUGCGAGUACACAGUUAAUGAGUGUAUCGCAAGAAGUUACAAGUGAUGAUCAUGAAGAGCAUAAGCAGAUGUUAUUGGGAACUCACCACCCACAUGAGGAUUUAGAGGGGAAAUUGUUACAGAAGAAGAGAAAGAAGAAGGUGGUAAAGAGAUGGAGGGAAGAGUGGGCUGAUACGUAUAAAUGGGCGUAUGUUGAUAUUAAGGAAGGGACGCCGCGGAUAUUUUGCUCGGUGUGUAGAGAAUAUGGGAGGAAGCAUAGGAGGAAUCCGUAUGGGAAUGAAGGUAGUAAGAAUAUGCAGAUGAGUGCUCUUGAAGAACAUAAUAAUAGUUUACUUCACAAAGAGGCGCUUCGACUUCAGAUGGCUUCUAAAGAUAAGAUCAUGACUGCAGUCGAUAAAUCCAUAUAUGUUAAAGCUCUUACGUCCAAAUCAGCUAGUUCCAUCAUUGAAGCUGUCCUCAGAAGGGACCCCAAUGAAUCUGAGUUCAUACAGUCAGUCCAAGAAGCCAUCCAUUCUUUAGAACGUGUGAUAGCCAAGAAUACCCAUUAUGUUCGCAUUCUGGAACGAUUGUUAGAGCCUGAACGAAUGCUUGUCUUUCGGGUGCCAUGGAUUGAUGACAAGGGAGAAUCGCAUGUGAAUCGUGGAUUUCGCAUACAAUUUAGCCAAUCUUUAGGUCCCUGUAGAGGUGGUCUCCGAUUUAAUCCAUCAAUGAACUUAAGUGUUGCCAAGUUCCUGGGCUUUGAACAGACUCUAAAAAAUGCUCUCUCUCCAUACAAACUCGGAGGUGCAGGGGGAGGAAGUGAUUUCGAUCCAAAGGGAAAAAGUGAAAACGAGAUCAUGCGCUUUUGCCAAAGUUUCAUGCAGGAGCUACAUCGCUAUUUGGGUCCUAAUCAGGAUCUUCCUGCAGAAGACAUGGGUGUUGGUCCACGAGAAAUGGGUUUCUUAUUUGGACAAUAUAGGCGUCUUGCUGGUCAUUUUCAGGGAAGUUUUACAGGGGCAAGGAUCUUCUUGUCUGGUUCUAGUCUUCGAACUGAAGCUACCAGCUAUGGUUUGGUGUACUUUGCUCAGCUUAUGCUUGCUGAAAUGAAUAAAGAACUCAAAGGAUUAAGGUGUGUAGUUAGUGGUUCGGGAAAAAUUGCAAUGCAUGUGCUGGACAAACUUGUGGCAUUUGGUGCUCUGCCUGUCACCGUGUCUGAUUCCAGGGGUUAUUUAGUUGAUGAAGACGGAUUCGAUUAUAUGAAAGUGGCAUUUGUGAGGGAUAUCAAAGUUCAACAAAGAAGUUUGAGAGAGUACUGUAAGACUUAUACUCGAUCAAAGUACUACGAGGAUGCAAAACCUUGGAAUGAAAGGUGUGAUCUGGCAUUCCCCUGUGCAGCACAGAACGAAAUCGGGCAAUCUGAUGCCGUUAAUUUGGUUAGCUCAGGUUGUCGUAUAUUGAUAGAAGGCUCGACUAUGCCUUGUACUCCUCAAGCAGUUGAUGUACUGAGGAAAGCUAACGUUCUUGUUGCUCCAGCAAAGGCUGCUGGUGCUGGAGGGGUUGCUGCUGGGGAACUUGAAUUGAAUCAAGAAUGUAAUGCUAUUCAGUGGUCUCCAGAGGAAUUCGAACAUAAAUUACAGGAAGCUAUGAAAUCGACGUACCAGAGAACCACAAAAGCCGCUGCUGAUUUUGGAUAUUCAAAAGAGUGCCCUGAAGCUUUAGUGCAUGGUGCAGCGAUCUCUGCUUUCCUAACUCUUGCUCAAGCUAUGACCGAACAAGGAUGCGUGUAAUGAAACCUGCAAGAGAACUAAACAAUGACUCCUGGAUAGACAGGUCGGUCAGCUAAUCAAUGUACACUACUGUACCAGUGUAGACAAAUAUUUCAUCCUCUAGCAGAUAAUUUAUGGGGAACUAAAGUUCCAGAAUAUUAUUUGCAGAAGAACUUUCUUCAUGUUGUAACAUGUAUAUGAUGUUCACCGCAGACGGGCUUUUGUGUCUAAUCUAUGGACAUAGGACUGUAUGUAAAAUUAUAUGCAUACUUAUAAUGUACUUGAACGAUAAUCCAAAAAAAUAGUGGGGAGGGGGUAUGUGAAGUUCAAGUUGGAUCAUGUAAAAACCCAUUUGAAAAUGCUUGUUUAUGGAGAUUAUUGGAACUCCUGAUACAAGAUUUUUUAUAGUGAAAACCUAUUUCUUGGAAGAA